AUGAAUGAAAAUGAGAUUAUUGAAGAACUCACAUUGGGGAUGGUUUUUAAAUCUCAAGAAGAAGCAUACUCAUAUUACUCUAAUUAUGGGAUCCAGAAGGGGUUUGGUGUGAUGAAAAGAAGCUCAAAACGAGGAGAUGAUGGUGUUGUUAGAUACUUUACUUUUGCAUGUGUUAAAAAUGAUCAGAAGAAAAAAUCUACGAGAAAGACCUCAUUUGUCUCCAAACUUUCAACAAAAACGGGUUGUCAAGCCAAGAUAAGAUUGACAUUGUGUGAUGAUGGAAAUAUUCGUGUGACAACAAUUCAUCUUGAUCAUGACCAUUUGUUAAGCCCCGGAAAAGCACGUCAUUUUCGAUGCAACAGAAAGAUAGAUGAUCGCGUGAAAAGACGGCUCGAGAUAAAUGAUGAAGCUGGGAUUGGUGUGAGUAAGAACUAUCAUUCUCUUGUUGUUGAAGCUAACGGAUAUGAGAAUGUUACCUUCAAUGAGAAAGAUUGUCGCAACCAUAUCGAGAAAGCAAGAAGAAGCAAGCUCGGUGUUGGAGAUGCUGAAGCAGUUUGCACGUAUUUUGCUCAAAUGCAAGAAGUCGAUAAAAUUUUUUUCUAUGUCAUGGACAUUGACGAGGAAUCUCGUAUUAGAAAUUUGUUCUGGGCAGACGGGCGAAGUAGGGCUGCUUAUGAAGCUUUUGGAGAUGUGAUCACGUUUGACACGACAUACUUAACUAAUAAGUAUAAAAUGCCUUUUGCUCCAUUCGUCGGCGUGAAUCAUCAUGGACAAUCUGUAUUGUUCGGUUGUGGGUUGUUGACUAAUGAAGACACUGAAUCAUUUGUGUGGUUGUUCGAGUCGUGGCUAAAGUGCAUGUCUGGAUGUCGUCCUAAGGGUAUUAUCACUGAUCAAUGCAACGCUAUGAAAAAUGCUAUUGAAAUUGUUUUUGGUGAUAGUACUCGCCAUAGGUUGUGUUUAUGGCAUAUAAUGAAAAAAAUUCCAGAAAAAUUGAGUGGACAUUCCAACUAUGAGGGCAUCAAGAAUUUCAUGCAAGCACUUGUUUAUGAUGCCCUGACUGAAGAUGAGUUUGACAGUGGGUGGUUAAUGAUGAUUGAUGGCUAUAAUCUUCAUGAUAAUGAAUGGCUGCAGAGAUUAUAUGCUGAUAGAAAACGUUGGGUUCCAGCAUAUGUGAAAAGUUCAUUCUGGGUGGGUAUGUCGACCACACAACGGAGUGAAGGUAUGAAUGCUUUCUUUAAAGGCUUUGUUAAUCAUAAAACCACUUUGAAGCAAUUUAUUGCUUUGUAUGAACAAGCCUUGAAAAGAAAGGUCGAGAAAGAGACUGUAGCAGAUUAUGAAUCUUGGAAUUCUCGAUUUGAUUGCUUGAGCAAUUAUGAUAUUGAAAAGCAAUUUCAGAGUGCUUAUACAAACGUGAAAUUUAGAGAAUUUCAAGAUGAGUUGAGGGACAAAUUUUAUUGUCAACCUUCUUUAGUUAAGACUGAAAAUUCCGUAUGUGAGUAUAAAGUCGAGGAAGAUGUAAAAGUUGGCGACAUCAGAUGA